CAUAUUGUUGAUGCCACGCCCCUUUCUAUAAAGAAAGCUAAGAGACUGACAUGAUGAUGAUGAAGUUGUUGUUGACUAGCGCAGUGAUCCUAGUGCUGACAGUGGCCAGUAUCCAUGGAGACCCACCAGCAGAGGUUGCUACCCUAACAGUCAGUUCUUCUGUUACAUUUAAUUCCACUGAGACCAGCACCAGCACCAGCUCCAGCACCAGUGCUAGUCCUAGUGCUAGUGGUACACCCACCCAUGUCCCUAUAUCCACCACUAGUGUUACAGCCACCCCUCUACCGUUAGUAUCAAGCAGUAGUGUGAAUGCAACUACAGCCACGAAACAACUCAAUGCUACCUCUUCUAUCCUGGCUAAUGCUACUACCUCCAUCCUGGCUAAUGCUACUACCUCCAUCCUGGCUAAUGCUACUACCUCACUGCUGAUGAGUACUACUCCCUCACCUGUCAACACUACGAAUAUGUCCAGGACCUUCAUCCCUCAUACGAAUACUCCUACAAUCUCUCUCAAUGUCUCAUCCCCACCCACGCACACCUCCUCACAGUAUCACGCCCCCACAACAUCCACCCACUCAUCUGGACCCAUCACUCCCACUCCAUGUGCCAACGUUGGUAAAGAGUGCACCACAUCCCUGGCCAUUGCAGUGGGUGUGUCUAUACCUGGUACUGCUAUAGUCACAUUCUUCAUCACCAGUCUUGCAUGCCUCUGUUGUCAGAAAGUCAAGAAGAAGAGAUCAUAUAUCAGACUAGCUCCUACCGUGUACUUUGAUGAUGACGAAGACCAAGAUUAACUAUAAUAAUAAUUGAACUAGCUGGAACACAUUACUUGUACUUUAAGCUGCAAAUUGAUAAUAGUUAUUUUUUAUUGAA